ACAGCCGAGGAACCCACUCUACGGAGCUCUCUUAUAGUAUAUACACACUCGCCCGUCUCUCUCUCUCAGAUCCCCAGUACAAUUCAACAGCAGCCGCACUCCUAUCUCAAUCUCGUUACUAUAUCGCUUAGACUCAUUGCAUCUUCAGAUCUUAAGCAGCACUCACGGCUGCCAAAUCGUUUUCAAUUGACAGCAAUUGUUUCAAAGUAUUUGUUUUGUUUGUUUUGUUUUUUUUUGCGCGCGCGUGUGUGUGUGUGUGCUUUUGCGUGUGAACUGUUUUUUCCUCGAAAUCGAGUGACUUGAUCUUAGUGACUCCGCGAUUCAUCGUAGUGAUAUAUAUACAGAAAUAUAUAUAUAUUUUAAAUUGUUUGCCAAUUUUUUGAAUCGUUCGUCUGAGUUCGUCGUCCGCCAUGGAGAUGAACGCGGUCGAUCAGCGUUCGUGGUACGAACUAGCGGCUUCGCAGUCGCGACACCAACAGCAACAGGAAGCCGGAUCCAACGGCAACGGCGGCUUGUCCGUCGGCGGUAGCCUGCAACAGCAGCAACAGCAACAGGAGCAGGAAGUGCAGGAUAUGUUUUUCCCUGUCGCUUUGGAUUCAACCGGAUCCGCCGCGUCCUCCAGUGCUAACAGCGGCUCGCCGCAGCAGCGCGCACGCCAGCAAUAUUACCAGCAAGUCCAUCAUCACGCCGCUCAGAUGCAUUCGGCUUACAACACGGCCGCUGCCGCUUCUCACGCGGCCCGGAUGUCGAGCAGCCAGAUGUGCCGGCCACACUUUGGCGUGCCCGUGCCGACCCUGCCGUGGCUCACGCCACACCCGACGCAGGCCGACGCCAAGUCGAUGAUGGCACCUCAUCAUCCGCACGCCCACCAUCACCAUCACCAUCCGGCCCACCAUCCAUCGGCCUGGUCUCCGUUCGCCGCCAGCGCUGUGGCCGCUCAGGCCGCCCAACAGCAGGCGUCCGCCACCGGCGGCGGAUCCUCGUCCUCGUCGUCUAGCGGCAAAGCCGCCCAUCCGCACUCUAGUCCACAUUUGCUGACCUUCCCGCCGACUCCGCCCGAAGAUGCGGCCACCGAAUCGGCCGCCGCCGCUGCCGCAGCCGCCGCAGCCGCCGCCACAGCCGCCGCCAACCAAGAUUUCCAGCAACAGCAGCAGCAGCAGCAACAACAGCAACAACAACAACAGCAACAACAACAGCGAAAUAACCUGUCGGCGGCUGUGGCCAUGGACUUGGCCGGCGGAUCGUCCAGCCCGGUCGACAACAAAUCCUCACUGUCCAGCUCGUUUUCCUGUUUCUCCUCGCCGAGUGACUUGAAAAUGAUGGGCGGCUUCAACAGUUCGAGCGCGGCCAACGGCGAGAAUCACAAGUCGAACGCUUCGGCUGGCCAGCACGGAAGCGGAGGCAGCGCCAACGCCAGCAGCGUCUCGGGCUUGAUGUUCGCCGCCGCCGGAUUCGCCGCCGGAUCUUCCUUUCCGGCCUGCUCCGUCGCCGGGAAGCCCCGCGAAGGUAGCCACAGUCCGGUCAAUAGUAACGGAAACGUAUUCGCCAUUCCGGCGUCCGCCUCCCCAGCUUCGUCCACUUCGUCCGCCUCCUCUUCCUCUUGUUCCACACCCGCCCUACCCACCUCUUCGGCCUACAGUAGUUUACCACCGCCGCUGACUCCGCACCAAGCCAGCGGCGGCGGCGGCCAGCAGCAGACGUCCGCCGGCUCUAGCUCCUAUUCUUACGGCGGAUCGACGCCAACGGCGGCCGACUACUCGGCCGCUGCCGUCGCCGCUUACGGCGCCGCCGGAUUCCAUUCGGCCGUCCAUCAUCAUUCGCAUGCGCACCAUCAACAGGCCGGCUCCGUGUUCAGCGCCAAAUCGCUCCACCACCACCACCACCAUCAGUCGGCCCGUCCGCGGACCAAAACGCGUUCAUCCGCCGAGGGCCGCGAGUGCGUCAACUGUGGAGCAACGUCGACUCCUCUAUGGCGGCGGGACGGCACUGGUCACUACUUGUGCAACGCUUGUGGACUUUACUACAAGAUGAACGGGCAGAACCGGCCGCUCAUCAAGCCCAAGCGCAGACUGGUAAGUUCGGCGGCAAGAAGGGCGGGCACGACGUGCGCCAACUGCAAGACGACCAUGACGACGCUGUGGCGGCGCAACCACAACGGCGAGCCGGUCUGCAACGCCUGCGGACUCUACUACAAACUUCACAACGUGAACCGGCCGUUGACGAUGAAGAAAGAAGGAAUCCAGACUCGUAACCGAAAGCUGUCGUCCAAAUCCAAGAAGAAGAAGGGAUCCAUCUCGUCAUCAGCUUCGGCUUCAGCUGGAUGCCAUUUGGGCAGUUUCCAGGAUGUGAUGUCCAUGGGAGCUGGUAGCGCGCUGGACAAAGCAGCCGCAGCGGCCGCAGCUGCCGCCGCCGCCGGAUUCCCGAGUUUCGCCGCUGCGGCAGCCGUCGCUUCGGCCGCCGGAGCUUCGUCGGCCAUGUCGCACUACGCCGUCUACGCCGGCAACGGUCAGAUGCAUCACCCGGCUCAUCAUCAUCCUCACAUGAAC